AUGGAGUACGUCUCGGAAACCGCGCGGGUGACGACGCGGGAAGACUUGAAACGACCGUCGAUCGAGGCGGCGCUGACGAAGGCGAUGACGUCCAUGUCGCCGCCGUCGGCGAGGUCGAGCGCGGCGUUGGACGUGGCGAGCGCGUGGGCGACGGCGCUCGCGUGCGAGUUCGCGUGGCCGGGCGUUCGCGAGGCUGGGCUCGGACGAGGGAUCUGGGCGGGCGUGCUCGGCGCGGGUGCGAUGCGAUUGAUUGCCGGAUGGGACCUGUACGCGUCGCGGGCGCACGCGCUGGUGGACGUGAACGCGUUGGCCGCGGCGGCGGUGGACGCAGUCAUGCGAGCGCGAGGGCAGACGCCGUUCGCGUUCGUUCGAUCGAUGAUUCGACUCGCCCUUCUCGUGCGCGCGUGCGCGACGAGCGCACUGUGGUCGAGCAAUGGAUUCUUUCGUUCGUCCGAGUUCAAGCCCGAGAGCGGCAUUCGUGGAGUGUUUCAUCGUCUCGAGCACGCUGGAGCGAUUAACAUCGCUGUGUGCGUGAGCAUCGCCGUUGUUUCCCUCGGCCCUACCACCGGAGCGCAGCAUCACAUUGGAGCAACGCUCUUAGAGAAUGCGCUCGGAUUGCGCGUCGAGGACUCGGACACUAUCGAGCACGUGGAACAACUAUUUGCUGCGGUGCUCACCACAGUGCUCUUCAACGCGUUGCUAAACGCGACCAGGCGCCGAUUGCUAGGACGUCCACUUCAAGGGAUAAUCGAAACGCUGGAGUAUCACGCCAAGCAGGUGUUCACAGAUUUAGAUAUUCAAGCGAACGAGAUACAGUCAAUGGACAUCAGCGUGUUGGGGUACGUCCUGGACAAGAUGAGCCACAUUGUGAAGCGAAACGAAUCCGACAAUGGGAGCUCGGCCUUGAUCGAGGCCAUUCUUGAAGAUCACGACGACGUGGAUGGAAGCACUCGUGAGUGGCUCGUGAGUUACAACGCAAGCAUGAUUAAGUCUACAGCGGCGUCAGCGAUGCCAAAAUCGCAGGUGAACACGUUCAAAUCUUUCAUCUCAUCAUUCGCUCGCAUGUCCGACGCUUCGGGGCCUUACAUGAGCGUCGACAUCGUUGCUUUGAACUCUUGGUCGUUCGAUGUCUUCGAAGUGAGCGACAGCAUCUCGUGCAUCAUGCGUAUGUUCCACGAGCUGAAUAUGUUUGAGCUCGUUGAUCCGUUCAAGUUGCGACGAUUCUUGUCUGAGGUAGAGAGCAUGUACAGGGAUAAUCCAUAUCACUGCUUCAAGCACGCCUUUGACGUCGCGCACACGACGUAUCUUUACAUUCUCGCCGUGAAAGAUCAGGUGGAAAUGUCACAGUUGGAGAUAUUUUCGCUGCUCGUGGCCGCAUUGGUGCACGACCUUGAUCACCCCGGAGUCACGAAUGCGUAUCUCAUUGCGACACGAGACAGCAUCGCGAUGACGUACAACGACGAAAGCGUGCUGGAGAACCUCCAUCUCUCGCGUUUCUUUACCCUGUGUCAGAAUAACGAAGACGCGAACAUACUGUCUGCGUUCGAUGAAGACACGUACAGCGUGGUUCGUCGCACCAUCAUCGGUUGCGUCUUGCACACGGACAUGGCGCAUCAUUUCAAGCUCGUGUCGAGAAUGAACGAAAUGGUCUCCCUUGGGAGGAAGACAGAAAUCAUCAGAUCCCCGAUCGGAUCUCCCAUGUCGUCCCCGAUCAAGUCGUGCGUCGUCCUCGACCGAGAAGGCGAUCCUUCCGUCGCGGUGUCUUUCAAGACGGACGAGGAGCGCCAACUGAUGCUGAACGUUCUCCUGCACUGCGCAGACAUCUCCAACGCGGUCAAGCCAAACGAGCUGUGCGUGAAGUGGGCCUCGCGCGUGCUCGAAGAAUUCUUCAACCAGGGCGACCGCGAGCGCGCCAAGGGAAUGUCCGUGAGCCCAAUGAUGGAUCGUGAGACCACAUCGGUGGGGUUAUCGCAGAUCAACUUCAUCGAGUUCGUCAUCGCGCCGCUUUACGUACAGUUUGCGGCAAUUUUCCCAGCCGUGAGUCAUCUCUUGGAUCGGCUCAUCGAAAACCGACGAUAUUAUCAGGAGACAUACGAACGCGAACUUGCUGAGAGCACAGAAAUUGACGGCGUCGAACGAUCUUCUGCGAAAGAAUCGCUUCGCAUGCGAUUUCGCACGCUCAUCGAGAAGCACGGCUUGCAUGCGCAAGCGGCCAAAUUUGACGACGAGCUCACGCGUGCCAUCUUGUCACUCCCUUUCGGUACUCCCGGGCGACGCACGAGUGGGAAUCGACAACAGGGCUCCAUGCUAUCGUCUCCAUCGACGAAGAGCAAAGCCGCUCGCCAACUCGCGGUGUGA